UAAGAUUGUAUUUUAUGUUUAGAAUUCACCUCGUAACAGAGUAUUUUUACAGUGUGAUAGCAGUACUUUUACUUCACUCAAGGAUGCGACUACGUCCUCCACAGCGCUCACUGUUAGUAUCGAUGUUCGUGCGAUCGACUGGUUGGGUCUGAAGCAGCGGCGGAGCGGAGGCAACACAACGCAAGUGAAGCUAGCGGCCGCAAUUCUGAGGACUCACCGCCGCCCGCCAUGGGGUUGACCAAACAGUACCUGCGCUACGCCGCCAGCGCCGUGUUUGGCGUGAUCGGCAGCCAGAAGGCCAACAUCGCCUACGUGACCCUCCGGGGGGGGGAGAGGGGCCGCCACGUCGCCGUGGCCGCCUGCGAACACGUGUUCAUCUGGGACGUCCGUAAAGGAGAGAAGGUCUUGAUCCUUCGGGGCCAGAAGCACGAGGUGACCUUCCUCUGCCCCUCGCCCGACGGCGUCCACAUCGCCGUGGGUUACGAGGACGGCGCCGUGCGCGUCUUCAGCCUGCAGAACGGCGAGAGCAACGUGUCCUUCAACGGCCACAAGUCCGCCGUCAGCGCCAUGAGCUACGACGCGCUCGGGGCUCGGCUGGUCACCGGCUCCAGGGACACGGACGUGAUCGUGUGGGACAUCGUCAACGAGUCGGGGCUCUACCGCCUGCGAGGCCACAAGGACGUGGUCACCCAGGCGUUGUUCCUCAGAGACAGGAACCUGCUGGUCUCCAGCUCCAAGGACAGCUUCGUGAAGUGGUGGGACCUGGACACGCAGCACUGCUUCAAGACCAUGGUGGGCCACCGCAGCGAGGUGUGGGGCAUGGUGCUGCUGAACCAGGAGAGCCGGCUGCUAACGGGCUCAGCAGACAGCGAGCUCCGAGCCUGGGACCUCCGCUACCUGCAGGAGGAGAAAGCUGAGGGGGAGCCAGAGGUGAAGAAGGGUAAAACUCUGCUGGGUGAUGAUGAUGAUGAUGAUGACGAUGACGACACCCAGGAAGGAGGGGAUGAAGGUCUUGAGGAGCGGAUCCUCCGCUGUCAGAAGGCCGGCUCGCUCCUGCGGGAGAGCCGAGACCGAGUCGUCUCGCUGGCAGCCGACGCCAAAGGCCGAGUCAUCGGCUGCCACGGCAACGACUCGGUGCUGGAGCUCUUCACCGUGCUGGAGGAGGAGGAGGUGCAGCAGAGGAUGACGAAGAAGCAGAAGAAAGCCAAGAAGAAGGCGGCAAAGACUCAAGGAGACGCACGCGAGGAGGCGAAGCGGACGCUGGCGGACGAGAUCCUCCGGCUGACCAACGUCAAAGCCUCCGCCAAGAUCAGGUGGGCGGACGUCUUGUUGUGCGCGAGCGGCGAGCUGAAGGUGGCGCUGCUGCUGCAGAACAACACCAUCGAGACCUACGCCCUGAAGAUGUCGGACCGGGCCCCCGCCCCCAACAAGACGGCCCGCCUCACGCUGGGGGGCCACCGCACCGACGUCCGCACGCUCGCCUUCAGCUCGGACAACCUGGCCGUGCUCUCCGCCUCGGGGGACACGGUCAAGGUGUGGAACAGGUCGACGCUGCAGGUGAUCCGCACCAUGGCCUGUGAUUACGCCCUCUGCUCGCUGUUCGUGCCCGGAGACCGGCAGGUCAUCCUGGGAACCAAGAGCGGGAAGCUGCAGAUCUUUGAGUUGGCCUCGGGGAGCCUCCUGGAGACGGUGGACGCCCACGACGGAUCUCUGUGGUCCCUGUGCCUCGCCCCGGACCAGAGAGGGAUCGUGACCGGAAGUGCCGACAAGACGGUGAAGUUCUGGGAGUUUGAGCUGAUGAAGGACCAGGCGAGCGCUCAGAAGAGGCUGACGGUGAAGCACACGCGCACCCUGCAGUUGGAGGAGGACGUCCUGUGUGUGAAGUUCUCUCCUGACCACAGACUGCUGGCCGUCUCGCUGCUGGACUCCACCGUGAAGGUCUUCUACACCGACACGCUGAAGUUCUUCUUGUCUCUGUAUGGACACAAGCUGCCGGUUCUCUGUCUGGACAUCUCGCAUGACAGCGCGCUGAUCGCCACCGGCUCCGCCGACAGGAACGUGAAGAUCUGGGGUCUGGACUUCGGCGACUGUCACCGCUCCAUGUUCGCUCACGACGACAGCGUCAUGUUCCUCCAGUUCGUCCCAAAGACUCACCUCUUCUUCACAGCGGGGAAGGACAAGAAGAUCAAACAGUGGGACGCCGACAAGUUUGAGCACAUCCAGACGUUGGAGGGCCACCACCGGGAGGUCUGGUGCUUCACCAUCAGUCCGAGCGGAGACCACUUGGUGUCGUCCUCUCACGACAAAUCCCUGCGCCUGUGGGAGAGGACGAGGGAGCCCAUCAUCCUGGAGGAGGAGCGGGAGAUGAAGCGAGAAGCAGAGUUCGAGGAGAGCCUGGCCAGCGGAGAUGUUCCUGUGGUUCCCGGAGAGACUCAAGGAGAAGCGGCGCCAGCCAGCAAGAAGACGAUUGAGACGGUCAAAGCUGCGGAGAGGAUCAUGGAGGCUCUGGAGCUUUACAAAGAGGAAAACAGGAAGAUGGAGGAGUAUAAAUACGCCUGUAUGGCGGCGGUGAACGAGCUCCCUCUGCCGAAGCCGAACCCCAUCCUCGCUGCGCUGGGGAACGUUUCGCCGUCGCGCUACGUGCUGGACGUCAUAAAGAAGGUCCGGUCCAGUGAGCUGGAGGUGUCCCUGCUGGUGUUACCGUUCCAGUACGCCCCCCCGCUGCUCAGGCUGUUCAACGACUACAUCCAGCAGGGCCUGGAGGUGGAGCUGGUCUGCCGCUGCCUCUUCUUCCUCCUCAAGAUCCAUUUCGGUCAGAUAUCCAGUAACCAGAUGCUGCUGUCCGUCAUCGACGAGCUGCGGACCAACACCGUCUCCAAAGUGCAGGAGAUCCGGGUGAGUCCCCCCGGGGGGGGGGGGGGGGUGGUGUCCUUCUUAAACCCCGUCCCCCGGGAGACUUUAUUCCAUCUCCGGCCCUGA